AGUGAUAACGUAAUUCAACCGUUUUUGUACGGCACGGAUUUCAAGGAUUUGUUUACGAUUUUUUGAGAUGAAGCACUGUGCAUUUCAACAAUACUCUGCAAUUUUACUUCAUCCAGAUCCAUCACACUAUCAACAAAAGAUAUCCAGACAACAUGUCCAAUUCUGAUUCUUUGUUACCAAGGAAGAUAUCACAGCUAUUUGAACCAAGACCUCUAUUAAAAUAUGUUCAGCCAAUUGAUGUCGCGCCACAAAAACGCUCGAAUCAAAUUAUAUCUGGGAUGUCUUCACUAAUUCAUGACAAUGUAUUGAAGGAUUAUAUUGAAAAUGCGAAGUAUGAGCCAACUGAGGGUUUACAGCAAAAGCAAAUACGUGAAAAAAAAGAGAAAAAACGAUUAUUAAAUGAAAAAUUGAAAAAAGAUUUGGAUAACUGGCAUCCCAAUCACGACUCGCAAAUAAUUGGGAAUCCUUUUAAAACAUUAUUUUUGUCGAGAUUACCAUAUGAUAUAUCAGAAGAUGAUCUACAUAAGAUCUUUGAUCAAUAUGGUGAAAUAAAAAGAAUUCGAAUAAUUGAAGACAAAUAUAACAAGAAUAAAAAAAAGGGGUAUGCCUUUAUUUUAUUUGAAAGAGAAAGUGAUUUUAUUCAAGCGUUAAAUAGCUGCAAAAAUUUAAAAAUCAAAAAUCGAUUAAUAAUAGGUGACAUUGAAAGAGGUAGAAGAAUGAAUAAUUGGUUGCCAAGAAGACUAGGAGGAGGAUUGGGUGGUAGAGGUUAUACGAAAAGAGAUUUUUUGAGCUCAUCAUUUCCAUCUAAUCCCACCAAUUUAUCACAUUCUUCACCCUCGAGAAAUAGAUAUCAUGGUAAGCCUCCAUCAUCAACGAUGAGAAAUAACUAUAGUAGUUAUAAUAAUCCUAUAAACUCGAGUUAUAAAAGAGAAUAUAAUUCUGGUUCUAAUUUUGACUACCGCCAAAGAGAUUCUAUGAGGGAUUCUACCAGAGAUCCAAUGAGAGAUAGAGAAAGAGAAAGAUAUAGGGAGAAAAAAAUACAACAUGACAAAGUUUAUAAUCAGAUGAACCCAAGAUCUUAUUAUUAAGAACUAAAAUCUAUUUUAUUUUUUAUUAUUUUUUAUUAUUUUUUAUUAUUUUUUAUUAUUUUU